AUGGAGCUCCCAUCAUACGAUGAUCUCCCCGUGAUCAACUUCAACGGUCGACAGAAGCGUUGUGCCUGGGGCCUCUUUGACAAGGACGGCAAGAAGGACGUCUAUGGCUGUCUGAACAAGGUCACACCCCACGUGGUUGCUACAGCUGCUGCCGAGGUGAAGGACGGUGUAACUAUAUCCCUUAACUGGCCACUUCGUGUGAGCAAACAGCCGGGCUUCGGACGAAAAGGGUUGGUCCAUAAAGUGAUCUCCUUCGUCAACUCUCCAUUACAGAUACAUGGAUUUGAUGAUGAGGUUGAGUUCAACACUCAGUGUAGCAGUCAAUGGGAUGCGUUAUGUCAUUUCUAUGAUCAGGAUAUUAAGCGAGGCUACAACGACUCGAACCCGUCGAUCCAGGACCUGGUCCAAGAUCACGGCGAGGAGGAUCAUAGUGCUGUCCUGCCUACUCUGAAUCACUGGCAUGCUCGUGGUGGUCUCGCAACGAGGGGAGUGUUGAUCGACUACAAGGCCUGGGCAGAGAGAAAGGGUACCCGAUACUCUCCCUUCUCGGCUCACAAGAUCACCAUAGCGGCCAUAGAGGAGAUUGCUCGAGAUCAACGCGUCGUGUUCCAGCGAGGAGACAUGUUCCUAGUACGCACCGGAUUCACUGAAGCCAUCGAGGCGAUCGCAGACCCCGAAGAACAGGAAGAGAAGGCGAGCUCACCCGACAGCGCGGGGAUCGAGGACAGCAUGGAAGCCGUCAGGUGGUUUUGGAACCAGCACUUCAGCGCCGUGGCCGCCGACAACCCCGGCUUCGAGGUCAUGAGGCCGACCAAGGACGGUGUGCCUGCCAGUGGCACAACUGCAGAUUACGUCCUCCACCCAAAUUUUCUCUCCUUGCUAGGUCUGCAUAUCGGAGAGCUCUGGGACUUCAAAGCCCUGUCGGAGCACUGCCAGAAGACGGGCCGGUUCACGUUUAUGCUGACCUCAAUGCCCUUGAACUUCGCUGGGGCGUGCGGCUCUCCACCCAAUGCAAUGGCGCUCUUCUGA